CUUGUUUUUUUAAAUAUAACAUUUACUCCGAUCUCCCAGUCUCUGAGUAAUCCGAGUCUGCAAAAGUUCUUAAAAAGUCUCAACUACUUUAAAUUUGUGGUCUGUCAUUGAAAAUGAAGGCAAUUCGCAACAUUUCAAAUAUCAAAAUCAAUCAGAGAACUAUUACAAGUAGAAUGCAAUUUGGAGAACAUAAAUGAAAAUGCUAUGUAAGAGAAGAUGAUGAGAAUGGCGAAACUUCGAAAUAUCAGUUUGCAGGAUGCAGCACACAUUUUGUUCCCGAGAAGGAUGACAUUUUGUCAAGUUAGAUGUUUCAGUUCAAAGCUUGAAGAUGCUGCUCGAGAAGACAAGCUUGAUUUCGUUACAGCUUCCAAAAUAUUGUUUUCAUCUCCAUCAAAGCCAAAAACAUUUGGGUUUGAUUUCCACCUGGUGCAAUUUUUCUUUGCAUGCCUUCCUUCACUGGCUGUGUUUUUGGUUGCACAAUAUGCACGUUACGACAUAAGAAGGAUGGAAGCGGAUUUGGAGCUUAAACAAAAGCUAGCUGAAGAAAAGUUAGCAGAGGAACUGGAGCAGGAAAGCCAAUCAUCAUCUGAAGUAAGUUUACCAGGGAUUUUUAAGAAACAUGAGCAGGAUGGAAAACUGAGUAGCUUCUCUAAGGUCUCAAGCAAGGAAAAGGAAGAAGCUUUGCAGGAACUUAAAUCCAGGCUUGAUAGAUUAGAAAAGAUUGUUAGGGAAAUGGCUUACGUUGACGUAAGGAAAACUUCUAGUGCAGAACCUCUGACAAAGCAAGGGAAACAACUGGGCAAUGGAAUGGUUACCUCGACUGAUAAAGGCGAUGAAAGAAAUCUCAAAGAAGCAUCCAAGAGCAAAGAUGCUUUCCCUACUAAUAAUGCUGAAGCUAAAAGUGCUUCUCGUCAGCCUGAUAAACAUCCUCAUUCAGGUGAUGAUUCUUCUGUAUGCAGUAUAGGCAACCAAGACAGUAAAAACAAAGCUCUGGCCUCAGAGCCAAACAAGUAGUUCCUCAGUGCCAGUAAGUUAAUUGGAAAAAUAUGGCAGGCCUAUAAUCAACCCUUUCAGGCCACGAAACUCAUUAGUUUUAUCAUUGCCAAUUUUCUUCUAAUGUAGCUUGCAAAUGCUUUUAUAUAUUCCUUAUAAACCAAACAGUAGCUGGUUUACAAUAUCAUGUAAAUGGAAUUGCAAAAUUUCUUGAGGUUAAAUAUCUUGUAUAUUGUAAUGGUUCAUAAUUUUGUACUGCAAGGAGAAUUAGGAUAAUAAUGUCAGCAUUGAUCCAA